AUGGCGACGGCCUCCAAUUCACCAGCCACGCCCAGCACGCAGCACAUUCGCGGUGCUGGGAAAAAGGCUACGUUGGCCAAGCGCCAACUGUAUGCGAGUCCCCUGCCUGUCGGCACGGCGCCUCGGCGGGGCGCCGUGCCGCCUUCUGUGCCACGAACAUGGUGGGAUCGCUGGAACGACAUCACGCGAUGGGUUUCCCAAGGAAUAAAUGCCACUCCUGUAUGCAAGGCUUGGUACGACCCUGUGACCAACUCUGUGUGGAUGUACGAUAAGGGCGAGGCGAUGCGUCUCUGGACACAUGGCUUCUUCGGCAAAGGCAGUCUUAGUCGUAGUGAGCCGACGUGGGCAGCACGAAAACAGGCUGAAGUGGCAGCGCGUGAACGUGGUGAGCUGACCGCUGAGCAGAUGACGCAGCGACGUCGUGAAGAGCGCAAGCUGCUGAAAAUUGAGCGAGCGCGGGCGGCUGUUCGUGCAGGAAUUCAGUUGCCAGAUGGCAUUACAGCGCUGGGCGGCGAGCUGAAAGACGAAGACAAGGCAUUGGAAUCUACAGCAGGGGGAUUGUGGCGAGGUGAUGAGGAUAUGCCGGCGAUGGAAGCGGGCGUAUCACGAAUCAAAGGCCUCAAAUACUUUUCCGACGAGAUUCAGAAAAAGGUCACAGAUGUCGACGAGAACGACGAAGACGAUAUUGAUAUCACGAACUGGGAUCUCAUUGAGCAUUUCCAGCUCACCAUGAUUGAGGCAUUCUUUUUAGCAGGCAUGCUUGGAUGCCUCGACGUGUACGAUGCAAAUGACCAGCCCUUGUCCUUGCAGACGUUAUACCAACUGUGCUUGGCGUCUACGUGUCGACUCCAGCAGAGACCGCUGGAUAUGCCAAAGCUGGCACGCCCAGACAAUCCAUUCCUGCUCUCAUAUAUUGUAUACCACCACUUCCGGAGUCUGGGCUGGGUCGUCAAGAGUGGCACAAAAUUCUGUGUGGAUUUCUUGCUGUACAAACGCGGUCCUGUAUUUAGCCAUGCUGAGUUUUCAGUGAUUGUGGUGCCCGAAUAUGACGACGAGCAGGACUUGGCAACGUCACCUUUCCCGCCACAUUACAACCAGGGCGAAAAAAGCUGGGUAUGGUUUAGCAUGAUGAACCGUGUGAAUACCCAAGUGCAAAAGACACUUGUGCUGGCGCACGUAUCUAUUCCCUCUCUUUUAUCGCUGCCAGCCCAGGCGCUGGCGACGCCAGAAGGCCUGGUGGCACAAUUGCGAAAUGGCGCAUUCCAAGUGCGAGAAGUCACGAUUCGUCGUUGGGUACCUGCGCGUAUGAAAGCUUGA